AACCUGUCUGGUAUACAUCACAUGCACAUGUACGUGUUUUUUUGUACAACAGUGAUGCAAAUAUUAAAUGUUGUGAGACCUGCUAGUUGUUAACUGUUCUUUUAUGCGGGCUGUUCGUCUCAGUGGGUAUUGUGUAAGUUAAUUAAAUUCACAAAAUACAGUGCUACCAAAUUUGUGCCCGUCAUCGCCAAUGGGAAUCGCAAAAUAUAAGGAUCACGUCCCAAGUUUGCCCACUGUCAGUUCUCCACGAAACAGUCACCUAAACACAUUGAGUCAAAAUGUCUUGGAGGUUACAGCUAGAUGGUGGUUUGGCAGCUGAUUUUGAUUCCAACCUGAGUGGUCUGGGGACGGAACUCGGCACAGCUGCUUAUAAUAUGAGUGAGGUUUUGGCUUUGCCAAUAUUCAAGCAAGAGAAUGCAGAAGAUGGGUUUCAGUGUAUAUUAAAUGCAGCCACAUCACCAGCCACUAAGGUGAACGAAGAAACACUAACCUACCUCAACCAAGGCAAAUCAUAUGAGUUAAGAUUAAAGAAGUUAGGAAACGUGUCACAGUUUGAAGGCAAGCUGUUGAAGAGUGUGGUCCGAGUUCUCUUCAAUGAUAAACGACUUCAGUAUGCUGAGUCUGAGCAACUUGCUUCAUGGCGAACUAACCGUCCAGGUGAACGCCUUAUAAAGCUAGAUGUACCUCUGUCACAUAACAUCAUUGAGUAUAAUGCCAACAAUUGUGCCCUGAAUGCCGUGGAAUGUCUCUGGGAUCCAACUCAAGUUGCCAGCUGUUUUGUCCAGGUUAACUGUAUCAGCACAGAGUUCACACCAAAGAAGCAUGGUGGAGAGAAAGGGGUUGUCUUUCGUCUUCAUGUGGAUACGUAUAUCCAUGGCAAAGAACAAGAGAAACCAAUACACUCAGCUAGCUGCCAGGUCAAAGUGUUCAAGCCAAAGGGAGCAGAUAGAAAACACAAAACAGAUCGAGACAAAAUGGAGAAGAUAUCAGACUCAGAAAAAGAGAAAUAUCAUCCUUCCUAUGAGUGUACUGUGCUGACUGAGCAGGACCUAUCAGUGACAGAAACUAAUGGAAAAGUUCAGAGCCCUACGGAGUUAGACUGGUCCUUAGGCCAGAGUCCCCUAUUGCACAAGCAUGCUUCACCCUUCAGAUUACCUUCAGAUAACGUCCCCAUACCCUUACAGCUUAGAGACCAGUCACCCAUCUUCCAUCAGGAUGAUUCCUUUGGAUCAUUUGAUGAGUCAGCCAACAACCAGUCUUCUGGAAAUGAGGCGGGGGAACACUUAGCUGCAAGUAAUUUCCUGGCAACACCAUCUGUUGGCACCAGUAUUCAGGAAACUCAGGAGUGGCUGAAGCAGAAUCGCUUUGGUGCAUAUACUAAGCUCUUUCAAAACUUUGCAGGUGCUGAUCUCUUACGAUUGGGUAAACAAGACUUGAUACAGAUUAUGGGGCCAGCAGAUGGCAUCAGGUUGAACAAUGCACUCCAGAAAAGACAUGUAAGACCACGACUGACAUUGUAUGUAUGCCAAGAGCAUGAACAAGUAUACCAUGCUGUGUAUCUGGAGUUACAGACACUAGAGGAGCUAAGAGCUAAACUUGCUGCAUUAUAUCACAUUCCUACUGAGCAUAUAUCAACAAUACUCCGGCAAGGUCCUACUGGUAUCCGUGUUCUUGUCAGUGAUGAAAUGGUGGAAAACUUUCAAGAAGAGAGUUUAUUUUCACUUCAAGCAAUCAAAGAUGAGACUAGGUCUGGACUUGAGAAUCACGUGCAAGGAGAGACAUACACAAUCAUCAUGGCGUAAGAUUUGGAUAAUAGACAGGUUACAAUGGUUAAAAGUUGAGUCGUUUCUGAACCUCAACAACUCACAAGAGAUAUUGCCUCCCAAGCUCACUAACAUUGGAUUCUCCGUCUUGGAAACCUUCACACAUCUUACUGACAUGAUAGAGAAUGGACACGGUCAUGGUAGGUAAAUGCAAUAAUUGAUGAACAGUUCGUUUGUCAGAACUGGUACGUGAAAUGUAUAAUUUGUUGGUCAUGGUUUAUAUUGUGACUGAUCAGUCAAAGAUUAAGUCACAGAUUGUUGCUGUUAAUAUGUGCUAUAGAGUUAUUGCCAUGUAGACUAUGAAAGGUUCACUGAAAUUGUGGGUAAUCAGUGGAGCAUCUGAUACAGAUCAUGGAUUAGGAAGUAAGAUUGUGGACAAGUUGAUCAGUGUGAUUGCAGUGAUAUAGAUUGUGCACGAAACUGUGAGAUUUCAGAUAUGAGUUGAUCAGUGUGAGCAGUCAUGGAGAUUGUGGAUGAAUAGCAUGUGAAUGAUGAUCAGUUCAUGUUUAAUAUGGGUUGUGGAUGCACAGUGAUAUGUGUAUGAUUAGUUGAUCCAUGUGAUAUAGAUUCUAGAAAGUACAGUGAGACUUUGAAUUAGUUGAUCUGUGAUGUAUAUUGUGAAUGAUCAUGUAAAUGAGGAUGAUCAUAACCCAGACUCACUCAUACAUGUACCUCUGUAUUUGUUCUUUUUAAUCUGCAUUUUUUUGUUAUUGUGAGACAUUCAAAAACCUGUAGUCCAAACAUUUCUUUGUACUGGGUUUGCUUGUACAUGACAUUCUACAUUUUGCGAUUUUUUUUUCCAAAAAUAGCAAUUAGGAGUAGCUGCAGUGCUGUAGGGAUUGUAAAUCUAUUUACAUGUAGAUUUCACUGUAGCAUAAAAAUAGUGUAUUUUUGUAUUAAAGUGAGAUUUAAAUUGUUGAAAUUUUUAUCUUGGUCGACAUUUUAAGUAGCAGUUGAUUGUGAGAGGCCACAGGUGAAUGCAACAAAAAUGCCUGGAAAUUGUGAAUUAUUCUCAUUUGCUGGAUAAUCACCUACUAUUCUAAUGCUAGUGCACCAUUCAAGAGGGAAAAGCAUUGCUGUUGUCAUGAGGUUUUACAGUAACAUCUAAAAUGGCACCUAAAAUGAAUGGAAGAAAAUUGAUAUUUUGCCUGUUGCUGAUGAAAAAGUCAGAUUUUUUUUAAUUAAAAAGUCAGAUAACAGAGAUUGCUCCUUGGUAACUAUUAUUCACUAUAGUCUGAUAUCAAGGCACUAUUUGUUUAUUUUCUGGAUUCCCUCCUAUUAUAUAGAGACUUCAAAAUAUGAGCCUUUUUUUGUUAAUGAAAAUUGACAUUUGGAGGCUGUCUCCGAAGUUCCGACAUUCUUGGCUGUAGUGGCCAAGAGUGAAAAUGGACUUUAAUCGGCUUGCAAGCUAUUGGAAAAAUGAAAGGAUAUAUAUAUAGUGUCUUGUUUUGACAGUUUCCAGGAGAAAUUAUUUGAUUUGCCUUUUUAAAGCUUAAGUUUCUGAAUAUUAAAAGAAAAUCUUUUGUUUUCAGUUUUUUGUUCACAAUUUAUCUGCAUCUAUUUCUUUAAUAAUGAAUUUAAGUGAAAGAAUCUUAUAAUUUUUCUGUAAUGUGGACACCGUACAACAUUAACUCCCAAGGUACAUGUGCCGGUAUAUGUAUAUGUGUAAACUCAUAUUACAAUUGGAGGAUUUGCACGUUUGGGAAAACUUUUCCAGGAUCAGUUUUUAAACAGUUGUUUUAGUUUGGUUGUUGCCCGGUGUGCAUAAAACCCAGACAUGGGCGACACUUCGGAAAUCUCAGACUAAUGUCUUUAAGAAAAUUCCUUUGUGCUGCAUAGUUUAUGAGUUUGGCACAAGCUCAGCUUUGUAUCUCGAGUCACUUACCUGACCUAAAUCAUUGAUUGCAUUUAAGCUUAAUGGCUUAUUACUUAUUAUGUUAAUCUGUUGAUUUAUUUCGCCUGAGUUGAAGAGCCAAGUAGAAACUGUGAAGUUAACAAAAGCCAGCACAUUUCCAGUCGAAAUCCACUUCAAGUCAGUGGGCUUUACUCAUUGGACUUUCAGCUUCUAACAGUUAAUCAUUUUUCCCUCUGCUUUAGCAAAUACUGCCACACAUACCUGGGACCCAUUGGAGAUCAGUUGUAUUAAACGAACUGAAUGGGCCACCAAGUAUAACAAGAAAAAAAUAAAUACCCCAAAAGCCCCCCCCCCUGAAGAGACACUGCAAUGUUGGGUUCUUUUUUUGAGUGUAAAUAAAACUGGAAAAUCUG